UCUAAUCGUUGCGUCUCGUCCUUCUAAUCUAUGAUUCAACUUAUGUUGAUAUCAUUGUCCUUACAUAAGAAUCUCUUGAGUAGGUUCUGUCGUGCGAGGACCCUUGGAUUUUGUCACUUGGAGACGGAAGAUGAGACGAGAUCAUAGAAAGACGAGGACGGGGUGCAAUCAAUGUAAAAGAAGAAGGGUCAAAUGCGAUGAAGGGAAACCCUCUUGCGCAAAUUGCAUUCGGAAUUCCCUCCAAUGUAGCCUCGAGUUCCUCGUUCCCUUGAAACCCAGGAAAAAUUCUCCUACUAUACGCAAAGCAUCCAGUAUCGAAACAGCCCAUCCAAAUUUGGAUCUUCGACUACGAAGCUCAUCACUUGAUACCAAGAGCUUCGAGUUACUAAAUCACUAUACGACUCACGGUUCCCUAGACUUCGGCCAGACAAGCAACACCAAAAUGUGGCAAGUCGUCAUCCCCCAAAUGGCACUGGCACACGACUUCCUGAUGCACGGCGUCCUAGCCAUCUCCGCUCUGCAUCUUGCGAAACGACAACCUCCUCGGAGAGUAGAGCUUGUACAGAGCGCCAUGCGGUCCGAGAACCUGGCACUUCCAGCAUUCCGUAAGUCGUUGGCUACUCAAAAUUCGAGAGACACGCACGCGGUGUUUGCUUUUGCUGGAUUCGUUGUCCCGUAUAUGCUUGCGAUCUCGGGGUCGUAUGGUAUCCAGGACUGGAUCCCGACUUUGGAUGGGACGCAUCCGCAUUGGUUCUAUUCGUUAAGAGGUGUGAUAGCGCUGUUAGGAAAGACUUGGGGUGAGCUUGCUCAGGGACCGUUUAGUGUCUGGCUUGCGAGAAGUAUUCCUCCUGAAGACUACAGCAUUAAUCCGGACGAUGUGCACUUUGCCAAAGUUCACGAGAUUCUUGAAUCGACAGCUUCUUCGUCGGUCGCUGAUGAGAAGGAAUUGGAGUCGUGUCGGAAAGCUCUAGAUGAGUUGAGGAGAACGGCUGCAUUGCCAUAUGCGCCUUGCAAGACAGUGAAUAAGGUGUCUGCUGCGUGGAUAUGGCCUGGUACGAUAUCACAGCAUUAUAUGGAGCUGCUGAAUCGACGAAAACCGGAAGCUUUAGUAGUUUUGGCAUACUACUGUGUGCAGCUGAAAAGGAUCAAUUCUUGUUGGUACUUUGAAGGUGUUGGGCAGAACAUGCUGGAGGCUAUUGAUGAGCAGUUGAGUGAAGAGUGGAAACCUUGUAUCGAGUGGGCUUUAAGGCAGCCCGUGGAAUAAGAAAACAAACAUGCACAUUUUUCAUGACGGUCUCAUUGUCCUUGACGGAUACGGGACUGGGGAGAUGGUUCUCUUUCGUCUUUGAAUGUAGAAUUCCGG